GGGGCAACAAUUCAUUGUAGGGCAGUGGCGAAAAGCAUAAUUUGACAAUAACCAUUAACUUAGCUUUGCCUGCAGUUCUACUAAUCAAUGGAGUCUCUCCCUCUUUAUCUCUACACACCUCACAAACUAUCCGCCAUAAUCAACCGUUUGUAUACUCUCCUCCAUUUCGUUGCUUUAACAUCAAUUAUUUACUACAGACUUUCUUUCUUUCUAUCAACACCAACACCACCACUUUCAUUAACACACCUUUUAGUCUUUGCCUCCGAGCUGUUACUCUCUUUUCUUUGGCUCCUUCACCAAGCUUUUACAUGGCGACCUGUUUCUCGUACAGUGUUCCCCGAAAGAUUGCAGCAAGACAAGGAACUACCAGCUUUGGACGUAUUUAUAUGCACUGCAGAUCCCAAGAAGGAGCCAUCUUUCGAUGUCAUGAACACUGUUUUAUCGGCUAUGGCCCUCGAUUAUCCACCAGAGAAGCUUCAUGUGUAUCUUUCAGAUGAUGGAGGUUCUUCUUUGACUUUGGUUGCUUUGAGAGAGGCUUGUGUGUUUGCCAGGUCCUGGCUUCCAUUUUGUAGGAGGUUUGAAAUAAAGACUAGGUGUCCCAAGGUCUUCUUUUCGAGUGGGGAUGAUGAUCAUGGUGUUACUCAGAGUGUGGAAUAUGAGGAAGAAAGAGAGAAAAUCAAGAGGAAGUAUGAGUUGUUUAAAGAGCGCGUUCAUAGAGAAGAAGAAAAAGCAGUGAUCAAAGAAACAAGCAGUCCCAAGGCUAAAAAUCAUCCUUCUAUAGUUGAGGUGGUACAUGAUAGUUCAGAUGACGUGGUGGGUUCUGACCAAGUUCAGAUGCCUCUUCUUGUGUACGUCUCUCGUGAGAAAAAGCCACCUCAUCCACACCAUUUCAAAGCUGGAGCACUUAAUGUUCUUGUAUAUACCCAGUCUCUCUUGCUUCUUUUUCUUUUCAUUUUCUCUCAUAUCUGUGCUCGGUCACUAAUACACAUGAAGUUUAAUUUAUCAGUUGUACAUUUGUUUCAGCUAAGGGUUUCCAGCAUUCUCAGCAACUCCUCUUACAUACUAAUACUAGAUUGUGACAUGUACUGCAAUGAUUCAACAUCUGCUAGGCAAGCAAUGUGUUUCCACCUUGAUCCAAAAAUCUCACCGUCCCUGGCUUUUGUUCAAUUCCCUCAAAAAUUCCACAAUAUCAGUAAGACUGACAUCUAUGAUAGCCAGCUCAGGAUUACAUUCAUGACAAGGUGGCCAGGUAUCGAUGGAAUUCAGGGACCGAUGUUGUCCGGUACUGGCUAUUACAUGAAGAGAGAAGCAUUAUAUGGGAAAUUUUUGCAGAAGGAUCUAUUUGGUCUCAAACAAGCUUUUGGUCCUUCAAAUGAACUCAUCAUGUCACUUCAGCAUAACAAACAACAUAACAUCAUUGACAGAGGGACCUCGUCGAGCAUACUACAAGAGGAAGCCCAAUUUUUAGCCUCUUGCACCUAUGAAAAAGAGACUCUAUGGGGUAAACAGAUAGGAUUCUUGUACAACUCUAUGUUAGAAGAUUACUUUACCGGAUUCAUCUUGCAUUGCAAAGGGUGGAAUUCUGUUUUCUGUAAUCCAUCUCGGCCAGCAUUCUUAGGCACUGCUACCACAAAGUUGAAUGACACAUUAGUUCAGGGUACAAGAUGGAAUUGCGGUUUGCUUGAAGUUACCUUCUCAAAGUUCUGCCCUCUUGUUUAUGGGCUAUCAAGAAUGUCUGUGCUUCAAACCAUGUGUUAUGCCUACUACUCACUCCAGCCCCUCUAUUCAUUGCCCUUGUGGUGUUUUGCUACUCUGCCCCAGCUAUGUCUCUUGAAUGGCAUUCCACUAUACCCCAAGGCUUCAAGUCCACGGUUUAUGAUCCUUACAUCUGUCUUCAUAUUUUCCCAACUGAAAAAUGUAGAGGAGGUUCUGCUCACAGGAGGUUCAGUUCUGGCGUGGUGGAAUGAACAGCGGAUGUGGAUGAUAAAAUCAGUCACUGCAUAUACCUAUGGAACUUUCGAUGCUAUCUUGAAAUGUUUAGGCAUGAGACAACCAAAUUUCUUACCUACCAAUAAAGUUUCUGAUAAUGAUGAAGUCACUCUAUACCAAUUGGGUAAAUUCAACUUCCAAACCUCAACCAACUUGCUUGCUCCUAUAGUUACUUUGGUCGUAUUGAACAUCAUCGCUUUUGCCGGAGGAUUUGCCAGAAUGAUAAUUUCAGGGAGUUGGAAUGAGCUGCUGGGUCAAGUUUUCCUCUCAUUUUACAUCUUAUGGGUGAAUUACCCUAUAAUUGAAGGGGUGAUGUUGAGGAAGGAUAAAGGGCGAGUUCCUCCUUCUGUUGGCCUAUUAUCUCUUGUUCUCUCCAUCAUUUUUUUGAGCUUGGGUUCCAUGGUUCUCAGGUUUCAAGCUGGAAUUCCAGGCAUCUAUAACCGUAAUACUAAUUCAUAAAGAGAGAUUCAGAAUAUGUGGCAUUGAAUUUGCAUUUUGCACCCAUGUCUCCUUUAAUCUUAGCCGCAGGGCUUGGUGACUAAUAGUCUUGUUCAGGUGCCCCGUUUCACCAUUCAGGAUUGAAUUGAAACACUCUAGUACUUACGAGCUUGCGAGAAAAAAGUUGCAUGAUUCUAUUCUUUGGCUUAUUUCUUCUGUAUCAUUCGUACCCGCUGUGCUUGGAAACAUAACAGGGUUCAUAUCAUGUGACAAAAUAAAAUCACAUUUGGGCAAGACGAGUACAAUGUCUGGCCCUGUGGAAACUGGAAAGCUAAUACAUCCAGAUAACUGCCAUUUCAAUAGUCAAUUUUCCUUGUACAACUUCACGGGCUGCUAUAUAUGUAACUAUAUAACGAGAAUAAAUUACU